AUGUCGGCCGUCCAGCUCUCUUUUUCUCUCCGCGUCUCGUCGGGCGUCAAGACGGUGCACCUUCUCGGCUCCUGGGACAACUACGUCGGCCAGCUCCCGCUGUCCAAGGACCGCUCCUCGUCAAAGUCGGGCUCGUGGAAGGGCACCUUUCGCUUCCAAAACGCCACCCUCGAGGCUGGCCAGCGAUACUGGUACUACUUCAUCGUCGACGGCUAUCACGUCGCCCACAACCCCAGUGUCGCCUCCACCGUUGAACCCACCACCGGCCGCGAGCUCAACGUCCUCGACGUACCCGCCGACAAGCACCACAAGUCGUCGUCGUCGUCGCAUAAGUCGUCGUCGCACAAGUCAUCAUCGUCCAAGUCUUCCUCGUCCAAGUCGUCGUCUUCGUCUUCGUCGCACAAGUCCAAGUCGAGCAGCAGCGGCAGCAGCAAGAGCUCUUCGUCGUCGUCGGACCGCCAUCGCUCCUCGCGCAGCCGAGCCUCGCUCUCCGUCGACAUCCCCAAGGGCCGGCCGCUGUCCGUGUCGCAGAUCAAGGCGCCCAAGCCCUUGUCGCCGCACGCCACCAAGCACAUCCUCGAGUCCGACUACUACGACGACGAGGCCCUCGAGGAGCUCACGGCGCGCUUCGGCAGCGCGGGCCUCGACGACGACGAGCAGUACGUCAUUGCCAACUUCGGCAUGGGCGCGUCGCCCGUGUCGUCGUCGUCCUCGGGCUCGUCGCUGUCCACACCCAACUCGGACUGCAGCUCGUGCACCUGCGAGCGCUACGGCAUCACGCGCAAGGGCGAGCGCGUCAAGCUCGACUGCGGCGGCUCGCGCUGCGGCUACGGCGAAGACAGCUCGUCGUGCUCCAGCGGCGUCAGCGAGGAUGAGUUCGAGCCCAGCCGGUACGCGAGCCGCAGCUCCCGGCGCAACGGCAUCGUCGUCACUUGA